UUUCACCUAAUAAAGCCGUACCCCAAUUAGAUUUUACUAACAUGGGGGACGUGAUUAAGAGUGGUUAAUUUCCUUUCCCUUUUUCGUAAUAGUAAUGUGUGUCUUCCUUUAGUGAAGAGCUUCAAAAAAAUGGCGGAAAUGGUGGAAAAUGCUCUUCUGGUGCUCCCUGCCUUACUGGCACCCACUUCCCCUCUUCUUCUAAAUCCAAGCAAAUUGUUAAAGAAUUGAUUUUGUGUAUUACUGUUAACUUAACUUCUUCAUAUCAUAGUAGUAGUAGUUCCACUUUUGUCUCCACGUGCUUUUCCCACUCUUUUCGCUUCGUUGUUAACCAAAUACAUACAUAUACCCCAUUUCUUUAUUUGCUUUCUUCUUCUUCAAAUUAACUGCCUUUCAAUCAUUUAUUGUCUCUCACCCACUCCCCCCCUUCUUCUCAUUUAAUCAUUGUCUCUCUCUAGCUACUUACUUAAUUCUGCAUUUACUUCCCAUCAUUUUCCUCUUCAUCUACUCCUUCUUUUCAGUUUACUCUACCAAGUGUUUGAUUUUUUGCCUCACUGGUACUUGCUAGUAUACUAUACAGUUUCUGAAUUUUGUGGGGUUUUCCGUUUUCUCCAUUUUGAUGUGAUUUGGCUAUCUGGGUAUUGCUAUUCAGAGAUGAAGGGUGCUGUUACUAGAAGCUGAUGCCUUUGUAGUUUAAGCUCAGAUGAGGAGAAGGAUGGCUACAAAGUUCCUGUUUUUUUCAGUUUUAUUCUGCACAGCUCUGUUCUGGCUAGCAAGUAGUGAACCAUAUGAAGACAAAGAAGCGCUUCUUGAUUUCCUUAAUAAUGUUAAUCAUACCCGAAACCUGAAUUGGGAUGAGAGAACUUCUGCUUGCAGUUCUUGGACUGGAGUCACCUGUAAUCAUGACAAAUCAAGAAUUAUAGCAAUUAGGUUGCCUGGAGUUGGAUUCCGUGGUUCGAUUCCUGGAAACACUCUUAGCCGCUUGUCUGAUCUUCAGAUCUUGAGUUUAAGGUCUAAUAGUUUUAGUGGUAGUUUACCUACUGAUUUUGCUAAACUUGGAAAUCUUACUUCUAUUUAUCUUCAAUCCAAUAACUUUCAAGGUCCAUUGCCUGCUGAUUUUUCUGCUUGGAAAAGCCUUUCGGUUUUGAAUUUGUCAAAUAAUGAUUUUAGUGGGAGUAUACCUUCUUCAAUAUCGAACUUGACUCAUUUGACUGCUCUGGUUCUUGCUAAUAACUCGCUUUCUGGCAGUAUUCCUGAUCUCAAUCUCCCUAGUUUGCAAAUAUUAGAUCUAUCCAACAAUAACUUCACUGGAAGCAUCCCCAAUUCUCUUCAAAGAUUUCCUGGUUCAGCUUUUGCUGGUAACCAGCUUUCUCCUGCAAAUUUUUCACCUUCAUUUCCUCCAGUUCCUCCUCCAAGUGUCCCACCAAAAAAGAAAUCGUUUAAACUCCGUGAACCUGCAAUACUUGGGAUUGUAAUUGGAGGGUGUGUUUUAGGUUUCUUGGUAGUAGCUGCAGUGCUGAUUAUGUGCUUUUCGAAGAAAGAGGGUAAAAGUGGGGCCACAGAGAAAUCAAUCAAGAAAGAAGAUAUAGUCAGGAAGGGAGUUUCCAGCAGUCAGCAUGGAGUAGGGAAUCUCGCAUUCUUUGAGGGUUGUAAUCUUGCAUUUGACCUUGAAGAUCUGUUGAGAGCUUCAGCGGAAGUGCUUGGAAAGGGAACAUUUGGCACUACAUAUAAGGCAGCUUUGGAGGAUUCUACCACAGUUGUGGUGAAGAGAUUGAAGGAGAGUGUGGGAAGAAAAGAUUUUGAGCAACAGAUGGAGGUUGUUGGCAAUAUCAGGCACGAGAAUGUGGCUCCACUGAGGGCAUACUACUAUUCCAAGGAUGAGAAGCUCAUGGUAUAUGAUUUCUACAGCCAAGGGAGUGCAUCUUUGAUGCUGCAUGCAAAGAGGUCUGCUGAUCGAGUUCCUCUGGACUGGGAAACCCGACUACGCAUUGCCAUUGGUGCAGCUAGAGGCAUUGCUCAAAUACAUGGACAGUCUGGGGGAAGGCUUGUCCACGGGAACAUAAAAUCCUCAAACAUAUUCCUCAACUCCCAAGGUUUCGGUUGUAUUUCUGAUCUUGGCUUGGCAACUAUAAUGGGUCCAAUUGCUACACCAAUCGUGAGAGCUGCUGGUUAUCAACCUCCAGAAGUUACAGAUUCAAGAAAAGUAUCUCAAACCACUGAUGUCUACAGCUUUGGCGUCCUAAUACUUGAACUUCUCACUGGAAAGUCACCUACACAUGCCACAGGUACUAGCGACAUUGUCCACUUAGUCAGGUGGGUACAUUCUGUCGUUCGUGAGGAGUGGACUGCUGAAGUAUUCGAUGUGGAGCUUUUGAGGUAUCCAAAUAUAGAAGAAGAAAUGGUAGAGAUGUUACAAAUAGGUUUGACUUGUGUAUCCAGAAUGCCAGAGCAGAGACCAAAAAUGACAGAAGUAGUAAAGAUGGUAGAGGGUGUUAGGAGAGUGAAUACGGGGACUCGAACAUCCACUGAAGCUUCUACACCGAACCUGACACCACCGAUGACUGAAAUAGGGUCGUCUUCCAUUACACACUGAUAUUUCUUUGUUAUUUAGUGAUUAGUUACUGUUCUAUAUGCUCAAUUGUUUCAUUGUUAUAAGUUUUUUCCUCAGACUUCUGUCAAAACAUUAUUUCAGCUACAAAAUUGAAUAGAAAUAUUUACUUGAUCUUA